AACGGAGGGAAAAAGAAGGGGAAUCAACAGCCCAAUUUCCGCAUCAGUACCAAGCCCCUCUCAUCGCGGGAGACCAUGUCGGUUUGCUCUUCUUCUUCUUCCUCAUUAUCAUCAUCCGGGUACUUUGGCAGUGCCAAGGCCUGGAUUGUGCAUGGGAUUGUUGCCGGAGUCGCCAUUGGCGCCGCCAUCGGAGCUCGAGCUUAUUUGGGUCGAUCCAACAAAUUCCGUAGCCGCGUUGUCGGAAUCAUUCCCGCCCGUUUCGCCUCUUCGCGGUUCCAGGGGAAGCCUCUCGUUGAGAUUCUUGGAAAACCCAUGAUCCAGAGAACAUGGGAAAGGGCAAGAAUGGCUACUACAUUGGACUGUGUUGUUGUUGCAACCGAUGAUGCUAAGAUUGCACAAUGCUGUAAAGAAUUUGGUGCUGAUGUUGUAAUGACAUCAGAGUCGUGUAGGAACGGAACUGAGCGUUGUAAUGAAGCGCUUCAAAAGCUUGAGAAGAAAUACGAUAUCGUCGUAAACAUUCAAGGGGAUGAGCCCCUUAUUGAACCGGACAUCAUCGAUGGCAUCGUUAAAGCUCUGCAGGCUGCCCCGGACGCAGUGUUCAGCACUGCAGUGACAUCCUUACGACCCGAAGAUGCGUUCGACCCCAAUCGGGUGAAGUGCGUAGUGGAUAAUCGUGGUUACGCUAUUUAUUUCUCAAGAGGAUUGAUCCCUUUCAACAAGUCAGGAAAGGUCAACCUUCAAUAUCCUUAUUUGCUUCAUCUUGGAAUCCAGAGCUUCGAUUCGAAGUUUUUAAGUACGUAUCCUGAACUCGAACCAACACCAAUGCAACUAGAAGAGGAUCUUGAACAGCUAAAAGUAUUAGAACAUGGCUACAAAAUGAAGGUGAUUAAGGUUGACCAUGAGGCUCAUGGUGUUGAUGUUCCUGAAGAUGUAGAAAAGAUAGAAUCUUAUAUGAAGGAAAGGAACUUGUCUUAGAAAGCUAUACGUUCGGGAUUGAUAACGAUUUCGUUUUUAGUUUACGAGUUUGAAAAAGAUUUGGUAUUGAGUUGAUGCAAUUUUUUGUUUCUGAUUUUUGGGUCAUUUAGUUAUUUGUAAAGUUAGUUUGAUAUAUGUGAUUAUAUGUGUAAAUUUGUUGAUCAAAAGGGUUGGUUUUAAAAUAAGGUCCCUAGCUUUUCCCAUUCUA